CUUCCACGAUCAAUCAUCGUUCAGCGGGACGAUAAGCGGCAAUUACCGCGGGACUGAAACCUGCUCACAGAGGCCACCGAAAAGAAGUGAGGAGAUAAUCGGAAUGGAGGACGAAAAGAUCGACCGCGCGACUCAGAGCGUGGAGCACGCCGCCGCCGCCGCCGCCGACGGCAAGCAAGAGGUGCUAUUCCAACAAUUCGGCAGCGCCAGCCAGGAGUGGCAUACAGACAUGAGCAAGAGGCUCCUAAGGAAGGUCGACCUCCACCUGCUCCCUAUGCUCGUCCUCAUGUACCUCUUGAACUUCCUGGACCGGAACAACCUGUCGCAGGCUAGACUCGGGACGCUGGAGGUGGAUCUCGGCAUGGCGGGGACGGAUUUCAACCUCGCGACCAGUAUUCUGUUCGUCGGCUACCUGCUGAUGCAGCUACCCUCGAACUUGAUGCUCACUAGGGUGCCGCCUUCGAUAUAUCUCGGCAUUGCGAUGGCCAUCUGGGGUGUCAUUUCGGCUUGCCAAGCAGCGGUGAAGAGCUUUGGCGGUCUCAUCGCGUGCCGGUUCUUCCUCGGCUUCGCCGAAGCCCCCUUCUUUCCCGGCGCCGUCUUCCUCAUGUCGUCGUGGUAUACCCGUGGCGAGUUAGCCCACCGGAUCGGCUGGUUCUACGCCGGCAGCUCGCUGGCGAACGCGUUCGGCGGUCUGCUCGGCGCCGGCGUCCUAGGAAACCUGAGUGGCGCGCACGGUAUCUCUGGCUGGCGCUGGCUGUUCAUCAUCGAGGGCACCAUCACCGUCGGCGCCGCCCUGGCGGCCGCCCUAAUCCUUCCCAACUACCCCGCUACCACCAAGUGGCUAUCGGAAGAGGAGAAGGCGUACGCGCAGUGGCGCCUCGUCGAGGAUACCGGCGAGGCUGACAACGCGGAUGCAUCGACCGUCAUGGAUGGCGUUCGUCUGGCUUUCAAGGACCCCAAGCUAUAUCUCUUCACGUUCCUGCAGCACAUCUCGCUCCUCUCCCAAACUUUCCAGUACUUCUUCCCGACGAUCGUCAAGGCCCUCGGCUAUGACGACAUCAAGACCCUCCUCAUCACGGCCCCUGUAUGGCUGGGCACCUUCCUGAUUUCCCUCCUCGUGACCUGGACGUCCGGCCGCUUCAACGACCGCAGCAUCCACAUCGCCUCCUUGAUGAUGGUAUCGGUCGCGGGAUGGCUGAUCGUGACAUCGACGACGUCGCUCGGGGCGCGGUUCUUUGCCAUGUUUCUCAUGCCGUUCGGCGCAGUGUCGUCGUACCAGAUCAUCCUCGCGUGGGUGGCCAACAGCUUCCCUCGGCCGCUCGUCAAGCGCAGCGUCUGCAUCUCGGUGGCCAACAUGGUGGGCAACUGCGCCAACAUCUACGGCAGCUACAUGUUCCCGAGCAGGGACGGCCCGCGCUACGCACCCGGUGGCUAUAGCACGGCGGCCAUCGCUGCGCUCGUCGCCGUCAUGACGGUGAUCAUCCGGUUUGUGCUCAUCAGGAGCAACAAGAAGCUCGAGGAGCGGGAGAACUUCGAGGCUAGCGGCCAAGGGGCCGGCGCCGAGAGCGACCCCGAUAGGAGGAUGGUAGGCUUCCGGUAUAUCCUAUAGGGGGUAUCUAGGUCUAUAUAGUGUGGCUCACUCAAAUAAUAAUGUAAACUUCUCCCAAUACCCCUACUCGGCAGCCAAAAUCUAUAGGCUUCCCCCUACCGGGGUUUCGACCGGAGUUCCGGCCGAGUUUGCGUAUGCGCCUGUUCGGACGAAACGCGUUGACG